CAAUCAGUUUCAAACGUCAGUUUGCGUGCCAUAUUUGUCUGUUCUGGGUAUUUUCGCCUGAAAUUACCUAAAAAGUGAGAAAAGUGCCAAGCGUGCAAAGUGUAAACCAAUAUCGUUCUUGAACUUUGAAUCAUUGUUUAAAUCUCGUACCUUGAAAAUAAGCUUAUUGUAUGGUGACACAUAAAAGAAUUAAGUGAUUUCCCCAUAAGCUUCAUAAUUAUUUCUUAUUGACGUAAAAUUUCGAGAAUUUCACUACAGGACAUAAUCAAAGGUCAGUUAGCCCUUCUAUCGGGCUCUGACCAUAGCUGCAAGCUUGACAUCGGACUGAUAAACUUCCGCGGCAAACCGCCCUGGUGACACGAGCUUUCGUUGGCUAAACGCCACAGGCUGCCUCUUCGCUUUUAUUGAAAUAUUUGAAAUUACAAUACACGGACCUGCACGCUCUUUCGGUUUACGAUUUCUGAAUUCCGUUUGAACCACUCGAAAACAAGCAUUCCAAGUUUAUAUUUCUAAACAAACAAAAAAAAAAGACAAGAUGAAAUUCUUUGAGCGCGACAACGAACGUAUCCAGAUCUUGGAUGGACCGGUUAACGUGCCGGUGCUGAUCAACCAGCUGACCAAUCAGCUGUCCACCGAGGAGCCCUUCUACGUGAUGGACAUCGGUGAGAUUGUCCGCAAGCACCAGAACUGGAUCGAGAAGAUGCCCCGCGUUGUGCCGCAUUAUGCCGUCAAGUGUAACGACAACGACGUGGUUUGCGCAACGCUGGCCGCUCUUGGCGCUAGCUUCGAUUGUGCUUCCAAGGGGGAAAUAUCCAAGAUUCUUGGACUUGGUGUCAGUCCGGAUCGCAUCAUCUUUGCGAACCCGAUGAAACCGAACUCCCAUCUGCGCUAUGCCGACGCCAACAACGUUAAAACGAUGACCUUCGAUAGUGACACCGAGCUGCACAAGAUCAGAAAGAUCAGCCCGGAUGCUAAACUAGUGCUGCGUAUCCGCUGCGAAGCGGAGAAAGCUCUUUGUCCAUUGGGUAAGAAAUUCGGUUGCGAUCCGGUGGAGGAAGCUCCACGCCUUAUUAAGAUCGCACGCAGUCUCGAUUUGGAACUGGUCGGCAUCAGUUUCCACGUCGGGUCGGGCUGUGCUGACUUCCCGAUCUACUACAAGGCCAUCUCUUAUGCCCGAGAUCUGUUCGAUUACGCCAGAACAUGCGGAUAUGAAAUGAAUUUGCUGGAUGUUGGUGGUGGUUUCCCCGGUGAUAAGGGAACAACAAUCGACGAAGUUGCGCCGAUCAUCAACAGUGCUUUAGACCAAUUCUUCCCAGAUAAAUCAAUUCGCGUGAUUUCCGAACCCGGUCGGUACUACGUCUCAGCGGCAUUUACACUAGUAACUGCUGUACAGUCCAAACGUGUAUGCCUGGAUUUCCAAACGGGUUCAAUCGACCGUAUGAUGUACUACCUAAACGAUGGAGUUUAUGCGUCGUUCAACUGCAUUUUAUACGAUCAUCAAGUGCCCAAGCCAAUGCUGCUCGGACAAAACAAUGGAAAGGUAUACAAUAGCACCGUAUGGGGACCAACAUGUGAUGCACUGGAUCAACUUAUUGAAAACAUUCGCAUGCCAGAACUACAGAUCGACGAUUGGGUUCUGUUCGAAAACAUGGGAGCCUACACGAUUCCGGUGGCUAGUCCAUUCAAUGGAUUUCCACUGCCGAAGAUCUACUGCUAUAUUAACAAGGACACAUGGGAGAUGCUGAACGACUUAUGCCCCAUAACUGAUGGUACUUUCUGCAACCCGUCCGGAAAUGAACUAAUGAUCAACUACGAAGAUGUCGCUUGUGCCUGAAAACAAAAACCACCCAAGGUGAACCAAUUGGGAACCUCAAAAUUGAUUCUUUCAAUUUUUUUAUUGAUAAACUAUUUUAUCUCAUCAAAAUCAACGUGCACGUUUUAAGUUCAUCGUAACUAUAUACUGUUGUAUUUCAAACAAUUCAAUAAGCGAAGAGGCAGCCUGCAACUGCUCUUAAUAUUAGGUAAUAAAGUAUUAUUAGAUAAACACA